GCGGGGGGGGGGCCGCGCGCGUCGUGCGGCCCUCAGGCCUCCAGGGCCCCGGGGGAGCGCGGCCGCCCCGCCCUCCAUCGCCCCCAUCGCCCCGGUCGCCCCGGUCGCCCCGCCCUCCAUCGCCCUCCAUCGCCCCGCCCCAGCGCGUCUGCCCGCGGCUCCGCCUCCUCCCGCCUCCUGCCCCCGGGACCCUCCGCCACCUCCGCCUCCUCCGCCUCCAUGGAGCCCGCCCGACCAGAAGACCUUCAUCUCAGACAUGUAGAAAAAGAUGUUUUAAUUCCCAAAAUUAUGAGAGAAAAAGCCAAGGAAAGAUGUUCUGAUCAAGUUCAAGCUUUUACCCAGUGUUGCAAGGACACUGGUUUUCUUAUGGUGGUAAAAUGCCGGAAAGAAAAUUCAGCACUGAAAGAAUGUCUGACUUCCCACUAUACUGAUCCAGAUUUUUACGAAGAGUGCAAAAUGGAGUAUUUGAAGGAAAGAGAAGAAUUCAGAACAACCGGAAUUCGUACUAAGAACCGGCUGCAAAAGCUUCCGUCCAGCAUGUAGCAAACUACUAACUAAAACUAUAAAGAACUCUGCUCUACUGAUGCCUCUGAUCGUUUGGAAGUAAGAAAACACAAUGGCUUUCUGUGGCUCCUCCUAAAACAUUAAAAGAAGUGUUAUUUUUGGCGAGA